AUGGGAGAUACCUUAGAGAAUCAAGACGACGGAGCUACGGUGGAAGCUGCCGGAGUCACGAGCUUCUCCGAGCUUCUUAUGCUGUCGGACGACGUUCUCAGCUCCUCCGACCACCGUCGUGAGGAUAAUGGCGGCGACGGUGGAGAAGACAGCUUUGGUUUCGUUUUCUCCGGCAAGAAUGGGUCAAGAAUGCUCUGUUUCAGUGGAGGCUAUCAAAACGACGACGAAUCACUCAUCUUGGAACCUUCUUUUCCUUCUGGAGUCUCUGUUCCUGACCCUUUAUGCAUUGACGCUUGUACGGUCGAUAAAUCAUCAAACGUUAGGAAAGAAAGAUUAGGUGAAAGAAUCGCAGCAUUGCAGCAGUUGGUUUCUCCAUACGGCAAGACAGAUGCAGCUUCUGUGUUGCAUGAAGCGAUGGGUUACAUCAAAUUCUUACAUGAUCAGAUUCAAGUCCUUUCUUCUCCUUAUCUAAUCAACCACCACUCUCUUCUACUUGACGGUGGAGCCGUGUCCGGAGAUGAUACGCCGGUGAAGAAAAUGAGAGACUUGAGAAGCAGAGGACUAUGUCUAGUACCUGUAUCAUCAACCUUACACGUGGAAAACACCAACGGUGCUGAUUUCUGGUCACCUGCUGCUACUAUGGGUCACAUUACGUCACCGUCAGUGAAUCAAGGACCCUAUUAA